GGGCUGUCCGUCGCGCCGGGGGGGCGGGGCUAGGUUGAGGAGGUGGUUGGAGCGUCCGGGCGGCGGCUGAGCCGGCAGCGGAGGUGGCCGAGAGAGCCCGGCGAGAUGGCUGCCAUACGGAAGAAACUGGUCAUCGUGGGAGAUGGCGCCUGUGGCAAGACCUGCCUCCUCAUCGUCUUCAGCAAGGAUCAGUUCCCGGAGGUCUAUGUCCCCACCGUCUUCGAGAACUACGUGGCUGACAUCGAGGUGGACAGCAAACAGGUGGAGCUUGCGCUGUGGGACACGGCUGGCCAGGAGGACUACGACCGCCUGAGACCCCUGUCCUACCCUGACACGGACGUCAUCCUCAUGUGCUUCUCCAUCGACAGCCCUGACAGCUUGGAAAACAUCCCGGAGAAAUGGACCCCGGAGGUGAAGCAUUUCUGUCCCAACGUACCCAUCAUCCUGGUCGGCAACAAGAAGGAUCUGCGCAACGACGAGCACACGCGCCGGGAGCUGGCCAAGAUGAAGCAGGUGAGCCCCC